AUGGCUACAGAGACACCCAAUGAUGAAGCAAAAGAGUUAUCGGUCAAAGAAGAGUAUCAAUUAUGGAGAAAGAAUUGUAGAUACAUGUACGAGUUUGUGAGUGAGACUGCAUUGACAUGGCCAUCUCUAACAAUACAAUGGCUACCUAACCAUACAAUUGAAGGUGGAUUAAUAAACACGAAACUAUUGCUCGGAACACAUACUUCAGGGAAUGACCAAAACUACCUUAAAGUUGCCGAGACCCAGAUUUCUAACGAUGGAGUAACAAAAGCCAACUCAAGAAUAAAGAUUACGGAGAAGUUUGCAAAUGAAGAGGAGAUAUGCAGAGCAAGAUAUAUGCCUCAAGAUACCAAUAUAGUUGGAACCAUUAAUGGUGCAGGUCGCGUCGAUUUGUACAAGUUGGAUAGCAACAACCAAUCCAGUUUCUCAAGUUUCCGGCCGCAUUCUGCCAAUGGUUAUGGUCUCUCUUGGAAUCCAAACCAAAGAGGUUUAUUGUUAACGGCGGCAGAUGAUAGAUUAGUAUGUGUGAGUGAUGCGGAAGCUGGCAGUGACUCCUCACUCCUUUUCAAAAGCGCUGUACAAGAAGAUAUAGUCAAUGAUGCCAAGUGGCAUUUCUUUGAUAAGAAUCUCUUUGCCUCAGUUUCGGAAGAUGAGAAUACGUACAUUUUUGAUUUGAGAAGUAAAGAUGUCGUUACAAAAUAUGCUGCAAAAGGUUCAAAGGGAAUAAACUCUUUGGCAUUCUCCCCAUUUUCACAAAACUUGUUAGCUAUUGGGAGUGCUACUUCAAACAUCAGCGUGCUAGACUUGAGAAAAAUGAGCAGUAAAGGUACAACAGGACUAGUACAUACAAUGAUGGGACAUACUGACGGAAUAACCUGCAUGGAGUUUUCGCCACACAAAGAUGGAAUUUUGGCAUCCGGCAGUCAAGACAGAAGAUUGAUAUUAUGGGAUUUAUUCAGAAUUGGCGAAGAACAGCAACAAGAAGAUGCAGAAGAUGGAUGUCCCGAACUCUUUAUGAUGCAUGCUGGUCAUACAGCAGGAGUAACCGAUUUGAGCUGGUGUCCAUUUAAAGAGUGGACCCUAGGCUCCGUAGCGGAUGACAACAUUGUUCACUUAUGGGAAGUGAGUAAAGAAUUGAUCAACGAAGAGCAUCCAGACGAGACCAUCGAUAACAACAUUCUUGAAUAA